AUGCACGACCUGAAAAGCUACUGUGUAGAUGAUAGAGACCUAGAUAAAGCGCUAAAAAAAGAAGCGGAGAAAGCGGAUAACGAAGGACAACGCUAUGGCGCUCUUUUUUUAUAUUUAACACGAGAAGAGUUCCUGGAGCACCAAGAUAGCUGCAUACAGCUCAUACUGGCCUGUGUUAUCACAGAUAUAUUUCGCAUUUGGGCACCCCGUUCGCCAGUCAGCAACCCGGUGGUUUUGAAGGUUACGAUUUCUCUGAGCUACGAUUCUCGCUUUGAUAAAAGCAGCCGGGUGCUGCUCUUCCUGGCGAGAAUGAUCGGGCGUCCUAUCGAUGAGAACAGUCGAAUGCAUAAAUAUCAUUUAUAUUUCGUUGAGAAUUUGUCGGACGUGGAAACGAUGCAGCUGGCACUAACCCUCGGCGAUGAUUCAUACAAAGUGCUACGACAGCUCAUUUACCAUGCAUUGCGUAGCGUCCGGGAGAAAAAUGUCGCUGCUGUUGAUGAGCAUAUUGAAGGAAUGACAAUGGGCAUCUGUUCCAAGCUGAUCCAGGGCAUCGAUCCGAUCUCCAAUAUCGUUCUGGAUGCCCUUUUCUACUUCAUCAUACAACCACAAAGGGUUAAUUUUUUUUUUAAGCUUAUUGAUUUUAUUGAGGCUUUUUAUAAAAGCAUCAGAAUCAGAAGCCGAAACCUCUUCCCCUAUUCACUUUCUGAUAAGGGACCGAAGAUCAGAGAUAGCCAAAAUGGUGGUUCGUGUUAA